GCAAGCCCUCAGUUCGCCGAUCGUCGCACAUCGGUGCUACUCCGCCAUUGAGGUCUGCUUCGUCAAUCGUUUAGGAGUGAUUCCUGUGUAUUUCAUCUUCUCCGGCACUGAGCUAUUCACCGGUUCAUUUUAUGAAACAAGAGAUACCCCAAUUGGGAUACAUUGAUGGAUAAAAGACUGUUGCGGAGGCUAAUAAAUUGCAAUGCAGGGUCAUUCUCUCUACCUUAUCAUGUUUGUCAUCUUCGAUGCUUCUCUCUUUGGUCAAUGAAGAAGGAUGUGGAUCUUGAAUCAGCCCUCUCACGAAAUCGUCGGUGGAUAGUCAAUAAUCAGUUAAAGAACAUAAUACUUAGAUGCCCAAACCAAAUGGCUUCUGUGAAGUAUAUCCAAAAGAAGUUUAAGAGUCUAGAUCUCCAAGGCAAAGCUCUCAAUUGGCUCAAAAAGUAUCCAUGUUGCUUUGAAGUUCAUCUUGAGAAUGAUGAGUAUUAUUGUGGGUUAACAAAACAAAUGAUGAAUUUGGUUGAAGAGGAAGAAUCUGUCAAAGAUAUGCAGGAGCCUAUAUAUGUGCAGAGAUUGACAAAGUUGUUAAUGAUGAGUGUGAACCAAAGGCUCAAUAUUGUAAAACUUAAUGAGCUAAAGCGAAGUUUUGGAUUUCCAGAUGAUUAUGUGAUUAGAAUUGCACCAAAACAUCCAGACAUGUUUCGACUUGUUAAUUAUAGCGGAAGGAAGAGUUCAAUGGAGAUUGAACUUCUAUCAUGGAACCCUGACUUAGCAGUUUCUGCAGUUGAAGCCUCAGCUCAGAAGCAGGGAUCUGCGCCUUGUUUUUCAUGUUCGUUGCCUUCAACUUGGGUAAAAUCUUGGGAGAGGUUAAAUGAAUUCAAUGCAACUCCCUAUAUUUCACCAUAUUUAAAUUCUACAGGUUUGGAGAAGGGAUCAAAGGAACUGGAAAAGAGAACAGUUGGAAUUGUGCAUGAGUUAUUGUCAUUAACUCUAUGGAAGAAACUAUCUAUUGAGAAGUUAGGCCAUUUUAAGAGAGAAUUUGCUCUGCCAGAGAAAUUAAAUGUUUUGUUACUCAAGCACCCUGGAAUAUUUUAUGUUUCAAAUAAGUACCAAAUUUAUACCGUAUUGCUAAGGGAAAGUUACGAUGGGUCGGAAUUAAUUGACAAAGAUCCACUUGUUGUUGUGAAGGACAAAUUUGGGGUACUAAUGGAGAAGGGUCUUCAUGAAUAUAACAGGAGGCGACAUUUAAUGAAUUUGGAAAAGAAGAAGAAGGGUAUGCUUUCUACAAAGCCACAGAGGAGGAAGAAAGAAGCAAAUGCUGAAACAUCUGAUCAAGAAGACAAUAAUGGUGAUAAGUUGGGAGGUUUAUUUAACCCAGAGGAGAGGAAACGGUUUUAUAAAGCUCUUUUUGAUGAUGGUCCUACAUAAGAUUGAUCCUUAGUAACUUUGCUAUUCUCAUACUCAUUCCCAUCUUGUGUUCACUACAAUGUUGAAACUCAUUAAUGAUGUUCACUAAUAUGCAUUAAUGAAAUUGUUCCUGCUUUGUCAUUUUUAUCUGUGCUCUGUUGUUAGAUUCAAAAAAUGAAUGAAGCUAAGGCUGCCUUUUGUUGCUGUAUAUGAUUUACUAUAUGGAUUUCCUACUCUCAAGCUUUUUAUAGAUGGAGUUCCCAUGGACUAUUAUGAGCCAAGGAAAGCAGAUUUGCUUGUUAAAUAUCGAAGAAGUUUGUAGCCCCUGAUGUCUCUAUUCUUGAUUCAGACUCUGCUGUUAGUGAUUUCUUGAAGCUAUUGCGACAUACUUGAAAAGU